UUCUGCAAUAAUUAACCAGCUGCUCUGGGGUUGCUACACAUGCUCACCUCCUGAAGCACCAACUGUACUUCAGACCUUUGAUCGCAAACAAAUGCACAAACAUUCGACUUCUAAACAUGUAGUGGAAAUCUACAUCAUUGCUUAGAAGAUCAGACGAAAGCCUGGCCAGUAGCUGAACAGAGAUGAACAAAGAUCCUCUGCCUGCAGUGAUCCAAGCAGGCAGCGGGAGGACGCUGUCUAGAGCCGCGUUUUUGUCACUUUUGAACACCUACAACUGCUACCUGAAUGACCAGACUCAGCUGCAUCUCACCUAUUCUCAGGGGCAUGGAGGACAGGUGAUAGUGGAGGGCUUUCUGAACAUCUCCUGGGGAGUACGGCGACCAAUAAGACUGAAGAUACAGGAUGACAAACAGAUUCUUCCCCUUGAGUCUCCAACUUGCGUUGGGAGCAAAAGUACUAUGUCACGAUGGGGAGAAUACAGUGAGGUUCAGCAGAUAAAGGAACCAGAGGCAGCAACAGAAACAGUCUUCACAGAUCCUCUACCAGAUCCUGUCAGCCCAAUCAGCCCUCUGGGGAGCAAAAGUACUAUGUCACGAUGGGGAGAAUACAGUGAGCUUCACCAGAUAGAUGAGAUGGCAGAGACAGAGGCAGCACAGGAAACAGUUGUCAAAGACCCGUUGCCAGGGCCUCCUGUUUAUGAGACUGCCACCCUACGUCCGAUGAGGCACAGGAGCCCUGAGCUGGAGCCAGAGUCCAACCUUGUUCGCUGCAUGAGCGAUGUCUCAUUGGUGAAGAGGAGGAAGGGCAGGGGCAAGUCAGCAGCACAAAGAGAGAAAGAAAAACAGCAUCGCUUUUCUAUCAACGGACAUUUUUACAACUACAAAACCUCUAUAUUCACUCCAUCAUUUGACACUUCAACUAAAGUUCGCAUCUCUAGCAGGAUGACCACAGACCAAGUCAUCGAACAGCUGCUAAACAAGUUCAAGAUAGAAAAUGAUCCCCAGGAGUUUGCAUUGUACUGUGUUCACCAGAGUGGAGAAAAAAGAAAGCUGAGUCACAGAGAUCAUCCACUGUGGGAACGAAUCCUGCAGGGUCCCUCUGAUGACAUCAUGAAGAUAUUCCUGAUGGACAUGCAUGAAGAAGAAGUCAGCAAUGACGUUGCUCAGUAUCUGAACUUGGAGCUGCCCAUUUUGGACCAGUUUCUUCUCAAACUCAGAGAGGAGGAAAACAGAGAGAUUCAAAGGGUCAUCAACAAGUACCAACAUCAACACAGACUGCUGUCUCAUAUGCUGAGCUUUAAGAUGUCCCCUCACAUUGAGACCAGUGUCUGACCACUUCUGAACUCAGUGAAAGGAAGAAAAAAGUAUCUCUGAGGAAUUACAAACACCUGAAAAACUUAUGAAAAUGAGUUUGAGGAAAAAAGAAAAACAAAAUAAAGAAACAUAUAUGAUACAGCAAAUAAUUAUGUUUUGUCCUACAAAACAAUUUAUAUUUACAGCUCUUUUCCACAUUUUUUUUU